CACUACGGGUAUUAUUGGACCAAGUGCCGAGUGCAUUAUCGAUUCUCGAGUUCAAUAAUAACCGUGGUAUACGAGCGUGAACGGUGCUUCAACUGGUUGAACGGUCGAGCUCCCGCGCGUUCACGGGCCAGCAAAGACUCGACUGCCACCCGUGAAGUAGCUACCAUGAUAGGCCUCAGCUCCACAUGUUCAUACAUGUGGUCUCCACCAUCAGUGACUGAGGGUGGUGGUGGUGGUAGUUGGGUGUUCUCAUACAGUGGAGCAGUUGCCACAGGAGCUGUUGGUCCUGGGUCUGUGGUACAUUCUGAAUCUGUGGAA